AUGUCAGGCGCAAAUGACAGAGAAGCAGUCUUCCCCACCCGCCAAUCCCUUGGAGCUAUGAAGUCCAAACUGAAAGGCGCUCAAAUCGGCCAUGACCUCCUCAAGCGCAAAUCCGAAGCCCUCACCAAGCGUUUCCGAGAAAUCACCCGCCGUAUAGAUGAAGCCAAACGCAAGAUGGGUCGUGUCAUGCAGAUCGCCGCUUUCUCCCUCGCCGAAGUCACAUAUGCCGUGGGCAACAGCAGUAUUUCCUACCAGAUUACCGAGAGUGUGAAGCAAGCCAAGUUCCGGGUGCGGACAAGGCAGGAGAAUGUUUCUGGUGUGUUUCUGCCGCAGUUUGAAAGUGUGCAGAGGGAUGAUGUGGGGAGUGAUUUCCAGAUGACGGGUUUGGGGAAGGGUGGACAGCAGGUACAGAAGUGUAGGGAGACCUAUACACGGGCUGUGGAAACUCUGGUGGAGCUUGCUUCACUACAGACUGCGUUUGUAAUCUUGGACGAGGUCAUCAAGGUGGUGAAUCGAAGAGUCAACGCUAUGUAUGCUCUACAUCCUUCUGCUUGUGAGAAUAUAACUGACUUGGAGCUUAGUGAGCACGUCAUCAUCCCACGAACAGAAAACACGAUCAAAUACAUCAACUCUGAGCUCGACGAGCUAGAUCGUGAGGAGUUCUUCCGACUCAAGAAGGUCAAGGGUGUCAAGGAGCGGGCACAGGCUGAGCAAGAGGCAGAGAGGAACAAGACUGCGCAGAACGAUAGCGACAAGGAGAAUCAGCAAAAACGGAGUAAUGCUGAGGAUGCGCCUACUACGAAUGUGCUGGGCGAUGAGGGUGAUGAGGAUGUGAUCUUUUAG